GCCUCACAACAACCCAGGGAGAGAAGGGGCCAGACUCACCCCUAGCCAUGGAGCCUCGAGGGAUCUUGAAGGCCUUUCCCAAACGGAAGAAAAUGAGAACUGAGUCUGAUGGGAGUGGACUUUUGAAGAUUCCCAAGAAGGAAAAAGCAGAAGCUGGAGAGUGGCUGAGCACACUGCAAGUCCACGUGCUACCAGUGGGCAUCGGUCGAGCCCGGGCAGAGAUCUUUGAGAAGCAAAUCAUUCAGCAUGGGGGCCAAAUCUGCUCCCCUAAGGCCCCAGGGAUCACUCACAUUGUGGUGGAUGAAACUGUGGAUGGUGAGCGAGCCCUACGCCUCCUUAAGCUACCGCAGCUGCCCCUUGGGGCCCAGCUGGUGAAGUCAGCAUGGCUGAGCCAGUGUUUACAGGAGCAGAAACUGGUGGACACUGCUGGAUUCCAUGUCAUCAUUCCUAACAGGUUCCUGAACAAGACAGACAUGUCUUUCCAACCAGGGCCCUCUGGAACUUCAGUGCUUUCUUCUGUUGCUCUUUUGGCCCAAUCCCAGGAACCACACUCACAAUUGAGCAUCCAGCCACAGGCUAACUCUGAUGAUGAAGACAGUGAUGAAGAGGAAGUACAGGUUACCCCUGAUGACCUGGAAGCCCUGAUCACUGGCCGAUACCCAAGCACCCCUGAGGGAGACACUGAGCCCAGCCUGGCUCCUAACCUCAGUGAUAAGUGGGUGUGUGCCCAACCCUCUAGUCAGAAGAUGACCAACCACAACCUUCACAUUACAGAGAAGCUGGAAGUACUGGCUAAAGCCUAUGCUGUCCAAGGUGACAGAUGGCGGACUCUAGGCUACUCCAAGGCUAUUAAUGCCCUCAAGAGCUUUCCCAAGCCUGUUUCUUCCUACCAGGAAGCCUGUGGCAUCCCAGGGAUUGGAAAGCGCAUGGCAGAGAAGAUCAUGGAGAUUGUCGAGAGUGGUCAUCUUCGGAAACUGGACCAUAUCAGUGACAGUGUACCUGUCCUAGAGCUCUUCUCCAACAUCUGGGGAGUGGGAGCCAAGACUGCCCAGAUGUGGUACCAGCAGGGCUUCCGGACUCUGGAGGACAUUCAAAGUCAGGCCACCCUGAGUACUCAGCAGGCUAUUGGCUUAAAGCAUUAUGAGGACUUCCUCGAGCGCAUACCCAGGGAAGAGGCAGCAGAGAUCGAGAAAACUGUCCGGGAGACAGCUCAUACUCUCAAUCCUGGGUUGCUCUCUGUGGCAUGUGGCUCCUAUCGCCGGGGUAAGGCUACGUGUGGGGAUGUUGAUGUGCUGGUCACUCACCCAGAUGGACGGUCUCAUCAGGGCAUCUUCAGUCGGCUCCUGGAUGCCCUUCGGAAACGAGGGUUCCUGACAGAUGACCUGGUCAGCCAGGAUGAUAAUGGGCAGCAGCAGAAGUACCUGGGCGUGUGCCAGUUGCCAGGGCCUGGCCGGCACCACCGGCGCUUGGACAUCAUUGUGGUGCCCUAUAGUGAGUUUGCCUGUGCCUUACUGUAUUUCACUGGCUCUGCCUACUUUAACCGCUCCAUGAGGGCACUGGCCAAAACAAAGGGCAUGAGCUUGUCAGAACAUGCACUCAGCACUGCCAUUGUGCGUGAUGGCCAUGGUGUCAAGGUGGGGCCAGGCCGGGCAUUGCCCACCCCCACAGAGAAGGAUGUCUUCAAACUUUUGGGCCUGCCAUACCGUGAGCCCUCUGAGCGGGACUGGUGAGCCUUCCACCCCCGCCACCUUCCAUCAUUUCCCCAACUUGUA